GUACUUAACAAGAUUUAUAGAGUUAAUGAGCUUGCUUCUACUACAAUACCAAUUAUGUCUUAUAAAGAUAACAGAGAAGUAGUUAACGCUGAAUUAAUAGACAACAGCAAAGACAUAAAAGUUAGUAUUAUGGAAAUAGAAGAAGCAGUUAUACAUAGAGUAAUUAGAAAUAAUAAUUUACAAAAUGAGCUUAGUAGAAUAGUGAGAUUACUUAAAAGAGAGGAGAAGCUAGAUAUAUAUACAGAUGGCUUACUAGUA